AUGGAAAACUUAGUGAACACUGAUCAUGGCUUAGUCGGAAUUGCUUAUCUUCCUCAUGGUACCAUGACUUUAGAUCCUAAUCGAGAAGAUCUUCCACAUGGCGCCGAUGAUCUUCAUAGAGCUUGCACUCGAAUCAGUGAAAAGAUAGCACAAUUAAAUCCAGAUCUAAUCAUUCUUUUAACCCCGCAUGGAAUUAAUCUUCACCAAAGUUUGAAUAUUUACCAACCAGGUACUUCAUCCUGUACGGCUAGUGGCAAUGCUGAAUGGAAUGAUCAGUGGAAUGACUUCAGUGUUAAUGUUCAUCUUGAUGGUGAAGCAUCUCAACAUCUAUUUUCUUAUUUAAAACAACACAUGGUAAAAGUUGAAGGAAUGCUAUCAUUUGGUGGACUGAGUACACCAUUAAGAUGGGGUGAAGUUGUGCCGCUUUAUUUUGCUCUACAUCAGAUAGUUUCGAAUGCCAAUGGAACGACAACAUCGUUGAAACAAAUAUCUGUUCCAUCAUCACCGAAAGUUGUUAUCAUUGCACAACCUGCAAAAGGUUCAACAAUGGAAGAACGAGAAUAUUUUAUGGUUGAACAACGUUCCAAACUAGUAGAAUUCGGUCGUUUACUCCGAUCAUGGUGUGAUCAAUCAUCACAUCGAAUACUCUUACUUAUCAGUGGUGACCAAGCUCAUACUCAUGCAUGGUCUCCUCAAUUGGCAACUAUCUAUCAACCUGAUCCUUCAUGCUUUUCGAAAUUUCCACAAGCUGGCACUGAAGAAGCGAGAUCAUUUGAUAAAAUUGUCGAGGACUGGAUGACUGGAAGACGUUCGAAUUCAAAUAAUGACUUAUAUUCUUUGGAUAAGAAACUAAUCGUUGAUGAAGCAGGGCCGAUUGAAAGAUUUGCACUAAGUUGUGGUUAUGUUGGUUCAUUGACACUGCAGGGCGUCUUAGAAAAUCAAACAAUUCAAAACCGAGUUGCAGAUUCUUCUGGAAAAGCAAAUUCAUCAGCAGAUUGGUUGUUAACAGAUUUCAUCUCUGCUUGUCCUACUUAUUAUGGAAUGAUGGCUGCACUGUUUGUUCGUACUAAUAUUGAGUAA